AUGUCGUUCCUCUUUGGCGGUGCUCCCCAAAAUGCCGGUACGGUCGACCCGGUCAAGAUGGAGAUGGCGACGGUCGAGCUUGACAUGGUCACUGACAUGUUCAACCGCCUCGUCAACUCGUGCCACGCCAAGUGCAUCCAGCCCGACCCGCGCAAGCACUGGUACGCCGAGGCCGACCUGAACAAGGGCGAGGCAGUGUGCAUUGACCGGUGUACGGCAAAGUUCUUCGAGGUCAACAAGAAGGUUGGCGACCGCCUUAAUGCCAUGGGUGGGCAGGCGCAGGCUACUGGCUCGUUUGGUAUGUAG